GCGGCAAAACAGCGUCAAGUAAGCAUUUUGUUUGCAAAUACAAAAGCAUACAAGAGACAUAAACGCAUCACACGGAAUAUAUGAUACUGCAUUGUUGCAUAGUUGCAAAAGUGCAUUCGCUCAUUAAAUUGCGCGCGUUCGCGUUUCAAUAAAAAUUUAUUUGUUCUAUAAUGUAUUCUUUAACUCACAAAACAGAAAACGCUCACGAAGACAGCAUAUGGACUUGUGCAUGGGGGUGUCCUAAGAAAAAGAAAAAUAGCGAACCCAAUGAAGACAAUGAGGACUCGCGAGAUUCUGUACGAUCUGCCGAAGAGGAGACAGUGGAAUAUUUAGUGACCGGCUCAGUAGAUGAUGCUGUAAAAGUGUGGGAAUUCAUGGAUGGUGCUUUGAGAGUAAAGCACAGGUUAACUGGACAUUCCUUGGGAGUAGUAUCUGUAGCUGUCAGCUCAGAUGGAUCAAAAUGUGCUUCCAGUUCACUUGACUCAAGUUUAAAAUUAUGGGAUUUGCUAUCCGGAGAAAAACUAACCAGCAUUGAUGUUGGUCCGGUGGAUAUUUGGACUGUGGUAUUUUCUCCAGAUGAUAAGUUCGUUGUAUCUGGCAGUCAUGCAGGUAAAAUACAUUUAUAUGGGACUGAAUCUGGUAAACAAGAACAAACAUUGGACACAAGAGGUGGAAAAUUUACUCUGAGUGUAGCUUAUAGUCCUGAUGGUAAAUAUAUUGCAAGUGGUGCAAUAGAUGGAAUUAUUAAUAUUUUUGACGUUGCUUAUGGAAAAGUAUUGCGUACGCUAGAAGGUCAUGCGAUGCCAAUCAGAUCUCUGUGUUUCUCACCGGAUUCCCAAUUGCUGCUCACAGCAUCUGAUGACGGACACAUGAAGUUGUACGAUGUCAAAGAUGCAAAUCUAGCAGGAACAAUGUCAGGACAUGCUUCUUGGGUACUCGGAGUGGCUUUCUCACCAGAUGGACAGCAGUUCGCAUCGAGCAGUUCCGAUCAUACAGUCAAGGUUUGGGAAUUAGCGCAAAGACAAUGUUUGCAUACAUUCAACGAACAUAAAGAUCAGGUAUGGGCGGUAAAAUAUAAUCCACUUCGAAAUAACAUAAUAACGUCAGUGUCCGAAGACAAAUCUAUCAAUUUGUACGAAUGUCCGAUGUACGAUACGUAAUUGUACUAAAGCAAUAAAUAUUUAUAUAAUACGGCCGUCUUAUUUCCUGUUCAGUGGUUGCGAUCGAGACAUGCUUGUUUCGAGUUUGUUUAGAUUAUAAUAAAAAAAAAAGGGGGGAUAUUCUUAGCUAUAUAAAUUUUUUAUUGUACUGCAAGUAAUAACGUACAAAUUAUAUACGAAGAGAUAUCUUGUGAAUUUAAAGCACGAUAUUGCUUGACAAAAAUCAUACUCUUAAAAUCUAGAACGCGGAGUGAAAGAAUAACGUUAGAAAAAAAGAAUGAUUACAAAAAUAUAUACGUAUAGCUGCGGUGUACAGACCAAAUCUAUAUUUUAAGGAACACAACGUAAAAGAAUACCCUGAUAUGGUUCCAAGUUGGCGGGGUUAAAUCUAAUUAACUCGAACUGGAACAGGGUAUAUAAAACGACGCUUAUGAAAGAAACACUUUUUUCAAACUAAACUAAGUAUAUAAUAAAUUCUGAUUCACCAUGCCAGGCAAUCUUCUUCCGAUGAGAGUUCGAUAAUGAUUCUCAAAGAAGGAAAUUUGACAUGACAAGGAAAAAUUAAAACACAUCUCUUAAUCCACAUCCUGCGAAUCUCCUCAAAGUCUCCCCAAUAAAAUACAAAAAUAACAUUAAACAGCUUAUUGUAGCAUUUUGAUUUAAGAUCUAUGAAUAACAUCUCACUGAUCUGUACACCCUUUUAAUGAUAAUUACAUUUACUUCCGAUCAGAUGCAACAAAGUCACUUUUAAUAUAGACAUUCUCAAGCAAAAACAAAAAAAAA